AUUACGCCGAGUUAUUACUACUAGUAGAGUGGUGAAGAGAUGAUGGAUGCCAUGACGUGGUUUCUUUGAUUCGAUUCUUUUUGUUUUUGACAUCAAAAUGUGGACGAAGUUUCAUCAGUCAUUUCAAAGUCAUAAUCAAAAUAAUCUUUUAAAUCCCAUGCAGAAACGGGAAUUGAAGCAGGACCGACCAAAAGUAGUUGCAUCUGUAUGACCUCUAACCUUAGUGCUCCAAAUCCCAACGGUCCGUGAAGGGGUGGAUCGCGUUUGGAUCUUCUCGCAAACGGUCUUGGAGGCAUCUGAUUGGUCAACGCGGCUUCAAUUUUUCUAAACACCAAACUUCCUUGUGGCGCCAGCGUCCGAGACCGAGACAGCAGCAGCUUCGCCCCCAAAGAUCCAACGCCACGAUCCAUCCUCUUCCUUCCGACAAAGCAGCACCACAACAGCAAGCACUGUACUGUACUGUACUGUACUGGUAAUAGUAGAAGAAGACAUACACACGACAAUCAAGAUGACGACAAUGUUAGAAGAAGGAGCCGCCAUGGACGCCCAAUGUCCUUCAUGGGCACCGAGUCUGGGUUAUAUGGGAGUCGCGGCCGCAGUGUGUCUGAGUAAUUGGGGAAGUGCGAUUGGAACUUGGAAGUCAGGAGUCAGCAUUGUACACACUGGAAUCCGCCAUCCUGGCUCUGUCAUGAAGAAUGUUAUCCCUAUUGUCAUGGCUGGAGUCAUUGGUAUCUACGGUCUCAUUGUUGGAGUCAUCCUGGCACAGUCCAUCAGCAAACCAUCGAAUGAACGAGAGAAUGCCUACAGUACCUUUUCCGGUUUGGCUCAUUUGGCGGCCGGUCUGUGCACAGGAAUUUCGGGACUUGCCGCAGGUAUUUGCAUUGGUGUGGUAGGAGACUAUGGGAUUCGAGCAGUUGGAUACAGAGCAUCCCAAAUCACACUCUUUCCCACACAAAGUGAAAAGGAAGGAUACGCCACCGUCCCGGAUGCCGAUGGUGAUGGAGAGGGUAUGGGUGGCGGUGGUGGUGAAAUCAGCGGAUCCGAAGAUCAAAACAAACUAUUCGUGGGAAUGCUCAUUAUGCUCAUUUUCUCGGAAGCUCUGGCUCUGUAUGGAAUGAUUGUGGCUCUCAUUGUCAGUCAGCAUUCCUACUCGUGCGCUGUCAAUUAACUAGCGAUCGAGGUUUUUUGUCAGACAUUGGUGGAACGAAUUGCAUUGAAUCGAGUUGAAUUCAAUCAAUCAAUCAAUCAAUCAAUCAAUAA